AUAUAAUAUAGGGCGUUGUUUUUUGGAACAGACUGUUUCGUUUAACUUUUACACUAGUUUAAUUUUAGAAAUUGUGUUUAUUUAUUUUAUAAUUAAACAUUGAAUAAUAAAAAGAUAACAAAAGCUAAGGAAAGAAUCGGAUUGUGAAAAGAGAACCCCCCGUCUCUAGAUCCGGAUAGGGCGCCUACACAGCAAGUUCCACCAUGUACACUCAGCCACCUUUUGAUACAACGUUUCGUCUUUAGUUUAUCGUUUUAGCCGAAUUAGACAGAAUUCUAGAUAAAAAAUGGCAACCGUGAUUGAACAAUUAAAGCAACUUCAUGCCUCUCAGGAGAACUCCUGGCCAAGACCAAUGAAGAAAUCCCAGCUUAAUAAAAUAUUCUCGCCUGAAUCUCCUAAUAACAGCGAUAGUGAAACCUUAAGGAAACAAAGGGGUGGAAAGUUUGUCAUGCAGUCAGCUUAUAAAACGUUAGCCAUCAAAGAUAAAACAACGACUCCCGCAGCUGCGAAGGACAUAUUUAAGAAUCAAUUGGGAGAGACUCUUAAAAGAAAUUAUGGAGCAAUGCAGCAAGCAGCUAUAGAAAGAAGUGAGAAGGGAAGUGGUAUGCCGUUCUCUCCUAAAAAACGCGAGAGUACAACUGGAACAGAAAUCAGCACCCAAACAAGUUUAGAAGACCAGAUAUCAAAUAAAAAUUUGCUCCCUUCCGCUUCAACUUCAUCUUUUCCCAUCCCAGCAUCACCACCAGCAUCACCGCCAGCUCCACCGCCGCCUCCUCCGCCACCUCCACCUCUUCCUUCUUCCGCAUCUACUCACUCCACUUAUUCUACUCCACCUAUAAUUUUAAGGCAAACGCCAACGGCUAAUAGGAAAAUAAGUGGAACAACUCAGCAAAAGGUGGAUAGUAGAAACUCUCGGAUAGAUAUAGAGAAAUCAAAGGCUAUCCUUGAAAAUACCCUGGGUAUGAGAAGUAUGCAACCGACAUGGAUUCAUAGACGUUCAUCUGCAAAUCAGAAUACAGGUGUAGAUUCUUCUGAGAAACCUCUCUACUCUCAAACAUCACCUAUAAUUACACCAAGGACUGAUGAUACGGAAGUAGGAUUUUCUCGGUCAAGACCUUCCAGCACAAGAUCAACGAAGACGUACUUAUCUCAACUUAGCGGUGUAGAAGGUUCCUACGAUGUCAAUAAAGACGAAGAUUCUUCACCUUCAUCGUCGGAAAAUGAAGCUGAAGACUCGAAACGAAAUAGCGAAAUAAGACACUUUAGAGUAGAUGAGAAAAUAACUAAAAUGGAUAUGUCAAAGAGGGAAUCUCAAGGCUCUACAACUUCAAGGAAUAUCAGGAGAGUGUCUACCGAUGGAGGGAGUCAUAUGAGCAACUCACGGAAGAAUUCAACUCAAUCGGGACAAUCCGGAAAUGUAGGAGAUUUCGCGAAUGCUUAUUCAAGUAAUGUAUCAUUACCUACUAGAAGGAGUUCAGUGAAAUCGAUUGAGCAUCAAAAAUCUGAUGCUGCUCUUUCGAGACGAAGUUCUACCAACUCCGCUGCGUUGGCCCAUAGAAAUAGUGUCACUUCAAAGACUUCCAAAUCGGAUUUAUCAAGAUUAUCGAAUAUGUCCGACAAACACGAAACAAGUCCCAGAGACUCUUUUCGAGAUCAAAAUUCUCGUAUCUCGAAGACAUCAAGCAACUUCGAUUACAGCAGAAGUUCGACUAACUUAGACAAUAAAGCUAGAAAUUCCAAUGCAAAACGUUCAUCUGUGGUCUCAUCAAAUGAUAACUCAUCACUAAGAGAAACACAAAAAUCUCCUCCUGCAAGAAAUUCAGUAGCUUCAAACGCAAGAAGCUCAGCAUCUUUAUCAUUUGCAUCUGAUUUUGGAAUAGGGGAAAUGAUAAAGACAUCAUCUCUUUCUGCAGGACGAGAAGGAGAUAGAGAUAGCCAUAUGUCCACUUCUUCGGUCAGCGCGAAGCCCGCUCCUGAUACUAUAGAAAGGCGUACAAGUGAAACCAUAUCAAGCAAAAGAAACUCAGCAACAUCUGAGAGCUGGGCUGCAGGGGAACGAACGUACGGCAGACAAUUAAAUCAAUCCGCUGAUCGAUUCUCGGACUCAGAUUCUUCCACUAUAAAAGGAGAUCUCUCCAGAACAAAUAGCAGACAGUCACAAGCGUCUAGUAGAAUUUCAAUGGAUCCUAUGCCUGGUUAUCAUCAUUCAUCCAACAGCAGAAAUAACUCUUUUAAAAGUGUAACUGAUUCUUUUGGUGCCAAAGACGAUUUGGAGAGGAAGAUAUCGUAUCGUUCGUCGUCCGCUGGCGAUCGAUCAUCUAGACAAUCUUCCGCAAGCCCUAUAAGAAGUAUGUCACCUAGACAGCCAAUAGUUAUAAGCCGAACCAUGAGUCCUCGACCGUUUGCAGACAAGCCUGCUUCUUCAACUCUUCAGAAGAUCUUAUCUACAUCCUCCACCACUGAAAUUAAAACGUAUAAACCUGAAACAGAACAUAAUCCCGUACCUUCUUCCGUUUAUCAUCCAAUUAUAAGUGCAAAAGCUGAGGUCGCUUCAUUAACUGAGCGCUCAAAAUCUAAUAGCGAAUCUCAUAGAUCUUCUUCAUCCUACCUCCCAAAUAGUUUAUCCUCUUUGGAAGAACGUAAAGCUCCCUCUAAUUUUUCAUCGACCAACUCAAUUGACAGAAUGCUGCGUGAGAGGGAGAGUCAAGUAAGACAAUCGAAGUAUGAAGAAAUUGCAAAUCCGUUUUUAUCGUCUACUUCUUCUGUUGAAAGAAUCGAAGAAGCGUCCAGAAGAACAUCUAGAAUUUCCGAGAAGGAUGAAAUAGAUUCCUCUUCGACAAGUUUAUCGAAAUCUAGAGUUUCACAUAGAUUAGAUGAUUUUAAACCUCCUAACUUGAACCUUUCUAAUAAUAGAGUUCAAAGGUCGGAAAGUGGAAGGCGAUUUGAGUCGAAAACUUCAGAGACUCAACCAAAUUUUUCAAAUUCAACUCUUAAAAAGAAAUUAAUAAGAAAAUUAACUGAAGAUGAUAUCAAUUUUAGGACGGAAGCAGUCAAAUUACUUGAACAAUACAAAAGUGCUCCUACAACACCAACUCACACUUUAGAAAGACCAAAAGAAAAGUUAUCUUCCCCUCGGGAAAAUGUUAGGCGAAGCAGUAGUGUAAACGACCUUGAUGCCCUGAAAAAAUCUAUUGAGGCAGAGCGAUCGAAUUCAAUUGAAACAAGCGACCAUUCACCAACAAGUAGCGAUGAGAAAGAGGAUGAACACGAUGAAAUGAUGGAAAAUCAUCAUCAUUUUACAAUGAACAUGGGUGAUUCGACUGUGUUUGCUGGAAGGGUUCCGCAAAGCUACGUUACUCCUGAUAAUUUUCAAUACGAGCAAGAAUAUUUCGAACCUGAGCCUUAUCAAGUUAUCAUAGACCCCUACCAGAAUCAAGGCUUUGAAUAUCAAAUUCAGGAAGGUUACGAUUACGUUGACUCACCAGAAUAUUGGAUUGCUGAUCCUCCAGAGCAUACUCAAGAUUUAGAAGGAUUUCAAUACGAUUUCCCAAGGAAACCGGAGGUAUUUAGUGAACAAAAUAUUGCAAGGAUCGAAGUAGCUGGAGAUAAGAAUAAAUAUAAUUCGAAAUAUGCUCAUAAUCCGUCAGUAACUUCUGAACCCUAUGCAAUAAUUAAUGCAGAAAAAUCUACCUAUUUACCCGAAAAUUAUGAAAAUCAAGUCUUCCUUGAAGAUGAUUUAGAAUUGGCCGCCCUAGAAGAAGCUAGAGACUCAGCUAUGAAUCCCAUUUUGAUUAAUGACUAUUCGUCGGGAAUUCAACAGACCUAUAUUUUACAGCCCAUUGGAGAAAUCUCCUCAGUUAUACAUCCAACUGCAGCUUCCGAAAUUUCUGGUCCUUCAAUGGCUCCACAAUUGAAGAUACAGACCGGAAGUAUGACAGCUAGAGAAGAAAAUGGACAGUAUAAGGUUGAAGUUCCUUUUGGGCUGGUCGCUGAAGAUACAUCUGUCAUUGACCAACAAAAUAUGUUACAGCCUCUUCAACUGCAGCAAGUUCAUCCAAUAUUUUUGGAUAAACAAUUUCAACAGCAAUAUUACAAUCCAAAUGUUGUAUAUGUUACCAGUUUGGACUAUACGGAUACUCCCAGUCAAGUACAAUAUCAAACGAACAAUCAGGAAGUUCCUCAUUCUUUUACCGGUACAAAACCUAAUUAUGAGAUGCAAAUAAAUCAACAAAUACGAGUUGAUUAUGACAAGCAAGACUUAGUUCGUGGAAGCAUUUUGAUAGAAAAACAUAUGGACGAAACUAAUGCAACACGGCCACUUAGCGACGAUCACUCAAAUCCGUUUCAUCACGGUUUUCGCCAAACCAAAGAGAAUCCCAUGUACAGUAGCGAUCCGGAUUUAAGAAUGGCGGGUGCUCAUACUGAAGCUGGCGAGGCCACAAGUACCGCAAAAAGAAUCCCAAAAAUGCUAAGCAGAGAUACAAAAAUAUUUAUUGAUGGAAGACAAACAGCCGCUGAUCAAAUUGAUUCUCUUGAUUAUGCAUCGAGUAGUGAAUAUUCUGAGCAUGAUUUGACAGAUUAUGGAAAUCUCAAUUCAUUACCAAAAGCAACGCCUAUAAAUCCAUCAGAGGAGGAGCGACAAGAUAUAUUACGACUCUUAGCUAAUGCUCCAGCAGAUAGUAUAAGACAAAGUAUAAAUGUCGAGAGAGAAGAAGAAGAGAUAAUUGGUCCAAGUGAAAACGGCACUGAUCCAUUAUUGAACUACGAUACAGUCUCGGAAAAAGUUGAUUUAUGUUUAAGGGACGGUGUUGCUGAACUUCAGGUGAAAGUCCGCUGUGAAAGGGUUGUUCCUAUCAGAGGUAGCGAUGAUAUGUUUAAAAAGUCUUCGGUUAUCGUUACAAGACAAAUAGACGUCGACUUGGAAGCUACUGCUGAAAGAAGAAGGCUGUUGAAGAAAGUCCUGCGAGCAUCACACACAGACCAAAAAGGCAGGGUGAGACUAUCAACAAAGGAUACUUUCCGAUUAUAUAGAACAUUUAUGGGAAUGGCGGAGCAAGAGGAAGGUUUCCAAAAUCAAAAGAUUGCUGUCGAAGAGGAAGUAGAUGAAAGAACAAGGCCUAGCGACUUAGAUAAUGAUUUAGACUUGAGCGAUAGCGAAUUCGAUUAUAGGAGCUAUUCAUUGAAAAAUAGCAAAAAAGUUGUCGAAGACGAUGCAAUAAGUUUCCAAUCUGCAGUUAGUGAGUCAAAGGUUAAGAGAGAUUUACUAUAUUAA